UCGCGACAUUUACUCGAUCAACUAACGGUACCAAAUCAAAAUAAACUUGAAACAUGUUUGAUGAAACAUGAACAAGAUGGCAACACUGUCAGCUGUCAGUUGAGCUCACACGAAUUGUCAAAUUUGCCGCUUUGCAUUGUUUACCCACGAGUUUGUUCUUCGUACGCCGCUUGAUUUCCCCGAAACGGAAGUGUGCAAAUCGUGUGAAAUUUGAACAAUCAAAUACAUUUUGUCUGCUUAACCGCUUCUCCACACAAUACUCGUGCAGCAUGAUCAUACCGGUGCGGUGUUUCACAUGCGGCAAGGUGAUAGGCAACAAAUGGGAAGCGUAUCUUGGUUUGCUACAGGCCGAAUACACUGAAGGUGAUGCGCUCGAUGCACUCGGCUUGAAACGAUACUGCUGCAGACGGAUGUUGCUUGGUCAUGUAGAUCUGAUUGAGAAGCUACUGAAUUAUGCACCGCUAGAGAAAUAAGAACGCUGGUGUUUCACCGUUUUACUGAUAAGCUUCAUUUAACCAUUCUUAUGUAAACUCAAGAGUGUGAAUACACAAUAACAUAAUUAUGAAACAUA